GUCAAUGUUAAAUGUUGGAUUUACAAAAUUUUGAUUUAGUCCUGUACCGUUAUUUGAAAAGGGAUGUCGAAAUAAUGCAAGCAUAUUUUGUUUGUUCUUGUGUAUCGCGUUUUAAGAUUUAUUAGAACUACCUACAUAAAAUACAAAACCGUAGCGAAUGAACUUGCUAAUGGCCGAGACAUGAAAUUUACAACGUGUUUUAAUUGGAGAGAAAAAGAUAUAAGUACAAUUAUUAUCUUUAUGGUAUCAUCGGGUUAGUUUGCAUUUCAAAUUUGGAAAUAGCAAAUAGUGUUGAAAAUUAAGUGUGCGGAACAACAUUAUCCGCAGAAUAUGAACUUAAUGCACAGGUGUUGUGUGGACUUGCUGCAUAAAAUUGCAAUUUAAAUAUUUUGUCUUUUCCAAUGUGAUUCGUUCAAUAUAAUUUACUCCAUACCCAUAUCAUAUUACUACUUUCCUCUUUAACGCAUUUUAAAAGUACUUUAAAUUCGAUACAAGCGUUCGUUAAUUGUUGAAAAUUGAUUUUGUGGUUUUGCAAAAGUAAAAUUAAAUUUCAUCUGUUUUCUAAGCAAAAUUCCAUACAAAAAAAUAAAUAAAAAAUUUAAUUGUAAACAUUGAAUUUUAAAAAUAAAGUAAAUAAGAAAUAUUUGAGAAAAUUAUCAUAUGUAUGUAGAUAUUGAAAAGUGAUUCGUUUCUGUGGUUAAAAACAGAAUAUUUUUUGUGAAGAAAUGUACAUAAUUAAUUUUCUUUUCAUUGGAUAAGCUUACAUUUUUCUGGUGACAAAGCCGCCCAUCACUCGAUCUAUCUACAUAUCAAUGCAAUCCAACGGGGAUAACCUGUAAGAAGUGAGGAAUGAUUGAAACAAACUAUUUAGCCCCUGAGAUAAAGCUGAAACAAUGAAGUUGAGAAGACAAGAGUUUCUAUACAUUUUAUUAAUUUAUUUAGAUAUACAAAAUUCGGCUGGAUAUCACGAAAAUAACCAAUCGGAAUUAUCAUUUGCACGAGUUGGUAGUACAAAUGCAAUCAAAUUAGUUGCAAGUUUAACCAAAUUAAGACAAAAUGUUCUUGAAACAAACAUGAUGGUUAUUAAUCCUAUUGAUUCGGAUGAAAGCGGUGAGAUAACAAAACAUAUUAAUGAGGAAGUAAUGGUUGCUUAUAACAUCAAUAUCACAUCCCAUCUGAGAGCAAAUGUAUCCCUUAGCUAUGCACUGAUGAAUGCGGAAGGUAGAUCAUCCUCCGAGGAACAUUUUAUUAAGCUCGAACAAGCGCAUGGUGAGGAAAUGCAGAUUUUAUGCGUAGAAGGAUUUGAGAACACUGGUAACUGCACUGUUGUGAAUCAAACGUGCUUUGACGACAAUCUUCCUUGUAAUGCAACGGAGGCAGAAUAUAUGCAGUUUCUCUUUGACUACAUGUAUCCUAAAACAUCUGAAUGGAUACUAAUUUUUGCUCAUGGACUUGUUUUUAUUACUGGACUGGUAGGAAAUGCACUCGUUUGCAUUGCCGUUUACACAAACUAUUCGAUGAGAACGGUAACAAAUGUUUUUAUUGUCAAUCUAGCUAUAGCGGAUUUUUUAGUAAUCCUUCUCUGCUUGCCACCCUCUGUUGUGUGGGAUGUCACAGAAACAUGGUUUUUAGGCCAAUCCAUGUGUAAGAUUGUUCUGUAUUUUCAGACUGUAUCUGUUACUGUCUCCGUUCUCACACUAACGUUUAUAUCCCUGGACCGAUGGUAUGCUAUAUGUUUUCCUCUUCGAUACAGGACCAAAAUAAGUCGCGCAAUUGCUUCGGUUUCAUUUAUAUGGAUUAUAGCACUGCUCUCAGAUAUACCGGAGUUCUUCGCGUUACACCUCAAGAAGCCUAAAUUAAGGUUUGAAUCGGUGCUGUUUACUCAAUGUGGUACAACAUGGGACUUACGAACAGAGAUGAAUUUUUAUAUAACGCAACUAAUAUUGCUAUAUGUACUUCCACUCCUGCUGAUGAUGAUUGCUUAUUUUAAAAUAGUGCGAAUUCUAUGGAAAUCUGAUACAAUACCAGGCCACAGAGAAUCGCGAACUCAACAAUACACUUGCGGACAUCUCAGAGGGAACAGUACUAUUGGUAAUUCCAGCACAAUGGGCCAGUUGAGAGCGAGACGUAAAGCCGCUAAAAUGUUAGUUGCAGUAGUUGUUAUGUUUGCAACUUGUUACUUUCCGGUGCAUGUAUUUAAUUUAUUAAGAUACACUGGGAAUUUACAUGGUGGUGAUAUAACAACAAUAUUUUCUCUUUGUUCUCAUUGGCUUUGCUAUGCGAACAGUGCAGUCAAUCCUGUUAUCUAUAAUUUUAUGAGUGGUAAAUUUCGACGAGAAUUCCGCAAUGCUCUUGAUAUGUGCCGUUGUGGUCGCUUCGGUAUUGAAGAUCGCUCAUUUAAUCAAAGUAACCCCUUAUCUAGGCACCACAAUAUUAGUCCCAGUAUGAGAAGCAAUUACAACCUGACGAGUGUAAGAGACAUCACUUUGACAAGAGAAAGUUCUCGGCAGACAAUGCAAACAACAUUUGUAGAGAACAAUGGUUAUGGUCAUUCAACUGUCACCCCAAUGCUAAGCUCCAUUAAAAAUCUAUAACUCGAACGAUUACGUGUUUCGUGGUCAAAAACUGUCCCCUCAAGAGACUGUUACAUUUCACCCAAUUGUAAGGAUCUAGUGGAAUAAAUUGUAUUGAAUGAAAGGAUAGUUAUAACGAUCAGGAAAAUGAAUUAGAAAAAGUUUAAAACUUCUAAAAUUGUAUACUUAAUUUUAAAGGAUGUUAAAAACUGUAUAGCUUCAAAUAUUCUUCUCAAAUUAAAAAAAGGAAGAAAACAAUUGAUUAGAGAGAGGACAAGGUUGGAAUGGACUUAAAGAGUUUAUAGCCGUUUUGACAAGUGAUCUUUCUACAUAUCUCUUUAAACAUGAUUAAACAAAUUUAUUGUAUUAUAUAUUUAUGCGAGCUUAUCGAGUUCUGUAUAAUCAAAGUUUUGACAACACACAAUUUUGAAAUACAGUAUUUUAAAUACAGUUUUUAUGUAUUUAUUAUUCCAAUUUUGCACCACUUGGAAACUCAUUUUUACUGAAGAUAUUGGUAAAAACAUCGUUAUUUUUAGAAAGUUAGAAAUUUUACAUCUAAUUGUUUUUCCUAGCAAAAUGGUUAAAAGUGUACAGUUUUUUAAUCAAGUUUUUUGGCAAAUAUGUACCUUUUGGUAAUUGCUAACAUUACAAACUUAUUAUGCGAUACACUUUUUUGUAAGGUUCCUAAAGUCUUUGAGUUUAAGUGGAGCCGGAAAGUAUAAUGCCGAAACGUAAUACCCUUUACUUAUAUUUUUUAAGGAUAUCUCAUCUCAAAUAUGCACCAAAUAGUUUAUUUUGUAAGUUUCAUUUUGUAGUCUAUUUAAUUAUUAUCUUUCAAUUUAAAAAGUAAAAUGAUCGUGACGACUACCAUGAGUGAAGAAAUAAGAGAUUUACCACAAGGUCACACUGAUACUCAAUAAUAUUUGUGUUGAUCACCAGGGGUAACGUUUCAUCAUAAUACAAAUCAUCAUGUUUGGCAAGAUUUAUAUACAUAUAUGAUUUGACAAACAUUUUAAAUGUCAAUUACUUUAUUAUCAGCAUACACAUAUUAAUCAAUUCUUCUAGAAAACUCCGUUUAAACUUUAAAUCUACAUGAAUUGAAAUAAAAUGCAUUUUUUUCCGUCACACAAACAACAAUACUUUUUUUAAAGGAUUUGUUUAUUUUGCCUUACAAUUUGAAAUAUGACCCUUUAAAUAUCAUAAGGACAAUCAAAAAUGGGGUUCUUAAGGCUAUGUACGUUAAAACACGAUGCAAUGUGCGAUACAAUUUAUAUCAUUUUAGUAUCUUGCAUAAUUUCUGGAAAUUCUCAAUACUUCAUUUCAUUUGAUUGUACAUACUUCCAUAUAUAUUCGUAUAUGAAGUUUUGAAAAGUCUUAAGCCUUACGCUUUUUAAAAAUACGUUACGAAACUAAUCUUAAGUGCAAAUCCAAAAUUAGAUUUUAAAUGUCUGCUCAAAUUUUAUAAAAUACCCGUUUUCAACAUUAUUUUUAUAUUUUUCCAAUAUAUUUAAAAAACUUAAUGUUGUAGGCUUAUUGUUCAGAGAUAUUUACCAAUAUCUUUGGUAAAUACGCUGUCAAUUGGUUCAAAGUUGGAAUUAAGCUUUAUUAGCCAGAAUCGAAUUAAAAAAAAAACAGUUCAUGCCUCUACAUGGAAGGUUAAAUGACGAUUUGAUUGGACUAUUGCCUUUAAAGUUGUAAAAUUGCUUUCACUUAUCUUAAAAACUAACAUAUUUUGAAAUUUGAUUUUCUGAAUUUCAUUAAUAAUUGAAAUAAGGAACAGUAUUUAGUGAAAAAUUUGAUAAACAUUUUUUGAGUCGAAAAAAUAUGUGUUUUACAAAAAAACUUUAUUUAAAGAGAUCACUAAAUAAUGAAUUGUUGGCUUUAAAAAAAGUUGCAUCACAGCAAAGUUACCGCUGUUUGUUUAGUCUUGCCCUUUCCUUUUAAUCUUUGUGUGGCUGAGUUUAUGUGCCCCAGCAUUAUGUUACCCAGUAAGACCAAUUCUCUGUUCUAGUAUUCAGACCGAAGUUAAUGUUAUAUUAAUUUGUUGUUACUGUUGCUUUUACAAACUUUUUUCUUAUCGCAUUUCCGUGAUCGAUAUAACUAAACUCCAAGUCAGAUUAAUGUAAGUUAAUAUAAAUUAGAAUCUUAUUUUAUAAUAAUAAAAAAAAAACUGAU